AGAGAGAAACACAGAAGGAUAACGAUGGUUAGCAUUACAUAGCUAGCGUAGCAGUGAGUGUCUUAUGAGGUCUGAGCUUGUAGAGAUUUAGCAACCCACGAAGACAAAUUCGUCAAAGACAAAUUCUCAGCUGCGAACAGACCACUUUAGGUGUUAUAUCCUGAAGGUUACAUUUCAUCUGGUACAGUAACACUGUAGCACCACUGGCAGUCCUGUGACCCAAGAAAAUAAUGUGCUGCAGCUGAAGAUGGGUGGUAGCGGCUCCAAAUCCAAAGGAUUUUGGCCUUUUUCUGGCUCAGGUAGUGUGGACGAUUCAACCAAAGAUGGAAACGAGCAGUCACUGGCGAGAGUUCGAAGUUUCCCGGGUGCAACACCUUUUGUGUUUACUAGACGAAGCUCUAUGUUCUUUGAUGAAGACGGCGACUUAGCCCAUGAGUUCUAUGAAGAGACAAUAGUGACAAAAAAUGGACGUAAAAAAGCCAAACUGAAGAGGAUUCACAAAAACCUAACACCUCAGGGAAUGAUAAAACUGGACCACCCGUGUAUCCAUGUAGAUUUCCCAAUUGUCCUCUGUGAAGCCUGACAAUGUCUGAGGAGUGUCUCAGACUAGCCACUGUGUCAACUCCGUCCUGUGGUUUCCCCUACAGCUGGAAGCCUGAACCACCUUUUAAAAUAACAUGAUCUCUUGAUAUAUUCGUUGCCCUUACGUGGACAGGCCGAUGCCAUGUUGUGCUGAGCCUCUGCAUGUGAUCUGUUUUUGGCUUGUGUGCAGACACAGAAUAAUAGGUCACCAGUGGGGAUCUAGAAGGGGUGCCAAGUUGGCAAAACCUACUCGGAUUACAGAUCAUGGUUUGUGUGCAUGUAUGUGUGAAUGUGUGUGCAGACAUGGGAUGAAAUUUGACAGUCCUGAAUUUGUUGCUGCAGAUUGUUUUCUGGUAUGAUUCACCAAACUCUAGGAGUUUGGGGAGAAUGUAACCAGCUUUUUCUCCUGUCACAGUACAUAUAUAUAUAUGUGUGUGUGUGUGUGUGUGUAUAUAUAUAUAUAUAUAUAUAUAUAUAUAGAGCACACUUACGUUUUUUGACACCAUCUUGACUCGCUUUAUUAUGCAUGGAACAGGAUCUGCUUGUCAGUAACAACCAAGGGAGUUGACAAUCAGUGGCCCACAGACGUGGAUUAAUGUCAUAUUAUGAUGUUGGAUGGACUGGCUUCAGUGACCUCAUAGCCACACAUGUACACAGCAGCAGUGAGUCUAAUAAGAGAUCCUGUUGUUUUCUUUGCUGCUUUGGCAUACUAUGUUUCACUUUUAAUUUAUUAUAACUGUUUUUUAAUUACAAUUUGAAAUGCUGAA